GGAAGUAGCAGUGGUAUGUUUAGCCUCAACACUUCGGAUACAUGUUUGCUGAUGGCUGUAUAAAUGAGGCUUUAUAUGGAAUGUGUGUCUGAAUGAUCCUCUGUUGGAUGUAGAAGAACUUUAGGAGAGCUGAUGAGAUGGCGUCAGUGAUGGACGUAGACGUUCUGGCUCUCAGCCCCGUCUCUGCAGCGGCGGAGUCUCCUCGUAAAGAGUUGUCCCCGGACUCCAAGUGUCCGAUCUGUCUGGACCGGUUCAGAAACGUCUCGUACGCUGAUAAAUGUUUCCACCGGUUCUGUUUCUGCUGCAUCCUGGAGUGGUCCAAGAACAAAGCCGAGUGUCCGCUGUGCAAGCAGCCCUUCAGCUCCAUCUACCACUCGGUCCGCGCCCAGGACGACUUCCUGCACUACCAGCUGCGCCCGGGGGACGCCGGCUCCUUCGGGAGCGUGGACGGACGGAGGUUCCGGUACCGGACCACGCUCACGGUCGAGCGGCGCAGAGAGACCUGGAGAGUGGGGAACCAGCGGCAGCAGGAAGUGAUGCGUUUCCGCCGCUGGUUGUACCGGCGCGGGGUGCGGGUGCGAGGGGUUCGGGACGGCGGCCGGUCUCGAGAAACGUCGGCCGAGUUUUUCCGGAAGAAUCCGGCGUGUGUGCACAGGUUAGUUCCGUGGUUGAAGCGCGAGUUAACGGUGCUGUUCGGGCCGCGCGAUUCGCUGGCGGAUGUCGUCCGUCACGUCGUUUUGUCGUUGAUCGUGCGACACGACGUUCAGGGUGAGGUGGUGAAGCAGGAGCUCCGCCCCUUCCUUCGCUCACGGACCGAACACUUCCUGCACGAGUUUCUGAGCUUUGCUAAGUCGCCCUUUAACAUGGAGGCUUAUGAUCGAUUCGCCGUCUACGACUGCCCCGCCCCCACACACCUGACCUCUGUUUCCGAGGACGAUGAAGAUUUAAGCUCCGCCCCUUAUCCCUGGGAUGAUGAAACUCCAGGUCCGUCAUAUUCCAGCGUGACGCAGAGCGUGGUGACCGUCGCUAUCAGCGACUCGGACCUGGACAGCGACGCCGAAGAGGAGGAGGCGAUAAACGCUAACACAAACGCUAAUGCUAGUUUAAACGAGGAAGAUGAAAGCAGUGAUGAUGACUGCAUUGUUAUCGGCGUCGUUAAACCCACGGCUGAGAGAACACCGGAACUCAUCCAGCUCUCGUCUGAUUCUGAAUCUAAACCCUCCACCUCUAACCAAUCAGCACUCAGGCUGCCGACCAAUCAGAAACUACAGAAAUCAGGUGACACGCCCGCUCACGGCUACAGGAUGCGCUCUCACUCACCGAGCAGAAGAACUGAACCGACCAAUCACAGUUCUUCAUCCGACACACCCUUAAAAUCACACCCACAUACACGCUCAAGGUCGAGGUCACACCGCCGUGCACGCUCAAGGUCGAGGUCACACCCACGUGCACACUCAAGGUCACACCGCAGUGCACGCUCAAGGUCGAGGUCACACCCACGUGCACGCUCAAGGUCGAGGUCACACCCACGUGCACGCUCAAGGUCGAGGUCACACCCACGUGCACACUCAAGGUCACACCGCAGUGCACGCUCAAGGUCGAGGUCACACCCACGUGCACGCUCAAGGUCGAGGUCACACCCACGUGCACACUCAAGGUCGAGGUCACACCCACGUGCACACUCAAGGUCGAGGUCACACCCACGUGCACACUCAAGGUCGAGGUCACACCCACGUGCACACUUAAGGUCGAGGUCACACCGCCGUGCACGCUCAAGGUCACACCGCAGUGCACGCUCAAGGUCGAGGUCACACCGCCGUGCACGCUCAAGGUCGAGGUCACACCCACGUGCACGCUUAAGGUCGAGGUCACACCGCCGUACACGCUCAAGGUCACACCGCAGUGCACGCUCAAGGUCGAGGUCACACCCACGUGCACACUUAAGGUCGAAGUCACACCGCCGUGCACGCUCAAGGUCACACCGCAGUGCACGCUCAAGGUCGGGAUUCAGUCCUUAUUCACAAUCUCGCUCUCGUUCAUGCUCCCACAGUCACAGUUGGAAAACCCACAGCAGGUCUAAGAAAGACUUACAGGACUGGAGUGUAAGCCCCGCCCCUUCCUCCAACAGAAGGUCCCACCAUAACCAGACCAGUGAGAAGAGGAACCACAGAUCAGCUCAUGAGAGGGUGGCGCCUCCAGCUGGUGAGAGAAGCAGGAGCAAAGAGAGACGCCACAAGAAGAAGAGGAAGAAGAGGAUGAGGAGUCGGAGCCACAGUGGGGAGAUCAGGAAACACCACAGGAAACACAAACACAAGAAAAAAAAAAGCAGAAGAAAGAGGAGUGAACAGAGACCAGGACCGGCCACGCCCUCCAUCAUCACCAUCGACACCGACACAGACUCCGAACAGGACCGGACCCCCCCGACUCUUUUAUCUCAUACUGGAACAGACCUGGAUGGUGCAGCACCAUAUGGUGACUCUCCAAAUUCUGCACCCUCAGUUAGUGCCAUGACCAGUGAUCCCUCACCGAACAGGGUCCCUGUGCACACUGCACCAUCAAACACUGCAGCCCCGAAUCUUUUACCCUCACCAACUGAAGCACCAGAAAACGUUUCAGACCCAAAAACUGCAGCAACAACGAUCGAACCCCAAACUAGUGCAAUCACAGAGUGUACACCACCACCAUCUUCAUACAGUCCAACAGCAGACUGUGGUUCCUCAGAUGGUGCUCCAUCAACAGUUAGGGACUCCAGCUGAGAUGUUCUACAUGGAUUCUUCUUCUGUAAUGCAGAUGUGGUAACAGCUGUAAAGAUGUGGGAUCAGAAUCUGGGGUCUUUAAUCUGGAUUAAGCUGAUGAUGAUGAUGAUGAUGAUGAUGAUGAUGAUGAUGAUGAUGAUGUAUGCUUCUAAAAUCAUAAAUAUGUGGACAGGUUAACAGCUCUUGGUUUCUCUGCAUGUUUUUAUGUUUUAUUUACUCUUUGUUUUAUCACAUGAAUCCGAUGCUUUGAUCUGAUUGGACAGAAUGUAUUUUAAUAACAAUCUGAUAAAGUUUUUGUCUGGAAUCAUUGAACCCGAACAUCACUCGGGUCUCCGUGUGUCAAUGUGAGCAGCUUUUGAGUUUAUAUUCACUGUGAAGAUCAAAGCUUUGGUUCGGCUGAGUAAUAAAAACACGCUUCUGUUCUCUUGAUUUAAAAAAGACAAAAUCUGCAAUCAAAAAUAUAUAAACAUCACAUUUUAUAUUUAGUAUGAUUUUAAUGUAAAAGAAACACGAGUGAACACAACAUACAUCUUUAAAUAAUUCUUUUAUUUAUUACAGAUAAUGAUUCAACAACUACAUCCCCCAUGUGAAAAAGUAAUCACCCCACUGAACCUAAUAACCCUCAGCAGUAAUGUGAUGAGUUUUACCAUCUCUGUGGAGGUUUUUAUGCCGGAUAUUCUUAGUGAUCUAAUCCUAUCUGGGCCUUGGACCAGUACUGAGAGCAACUAACCCAGUCCCCCCCCCCCCCCCCCCCUUACAUUGCCUGUCAUGUCUGUGUAGACGCCCGACUUGUUACUAGCACAGCUGAGAUUCAGAGCUGGUGUGAUUUACCGCUCUGAGAGCUUUUUCUCUUUUGUUGUUUUUAAUUUUUUAUUAUUUCUUAAAAUAAAGAUUGCUUUGCAGUGGAAGAGUGAGAGGUGAA